AUGUUUCGCUAUUUGUCUUCUUCCAUUGUUCAUGCUCGACGAUCUCUUCACGCUGCAUCCAACCUCACACUUCCUUCUCCUACUAACUUCUUGCAAGGAUAUGUUAGAGGAUUUUCGAGUGCAAAUUGGGGUUUAGGUGGGCGGAAUCAAAGUGAAAAUGUAAAUGCAGGUGCUCGUCCGGAUUUUCUGCGUGAUAGGGAGAAUAUUAACCCCAGAAGUGAGAAUAAUGCUGAGGUUGGUGGGAUUUCCAGGCGUACGGACUUUGUGAGAGGAGCUAUAGAAGAAGAUGAAAAGAGUAUUAUGGGAGGUUAUCUAUACAACCAGUAUCAUUAUGAGCAUGAUGCUGAUUUUGUUCAUAUAAAGAUGUUGCGCAACAAUACUUUCGUUACAGUGACCGAUGCGAAAGGAAAUGUAAAGCUCAGUGGCUCUGCUGGUUCCUUGAAAGACAUGAAAUCAGGGCAAAAGCUCUCUAGGUAUGCUGCUGAAGCAACAGCAGAAGUGGUUGGAAGAAGAGCUAGGGGUUUAGGGUUGAAAUCUGUUGUCAUGAAAGUGAACGGAUUUACUCAUUUUCGGAGGAAAAGGCAAGCGAUAUUGAGCUGGAGGGAAGGAUUUACUGAUUCUCGAGGGGAUAAAAAUCCGAUUGUAUACAUUGAAGACACAACUCGUCGUCCCCAUAAUGGCUGCAGGUUGCCAAAGAGUCGACGUAUCUAG